UCAUCGUAGUCAGCUGCUGCAAUCGUCGUCACCGGUGGCGCGCGGGCUCAAAGCACACACCUACAGGCACAGGGGCCGCGGCGCGGCACACACCCUCACCGGCCGACUAGUGACAGCUCUUCUUCCUCAUGGGGGUGGGUGGGCGAACGUAUGCGGAUGGCAUUGGCAGGUGACUUGGUGUUCUCGGGCGACGGCAACGGCAACGGCAACAACGACAUGGGCUUGGCAGUAGCCCUUUUUUUUUUUUUUCUUCUUCUCUCUUUCCACACAGCUGGUUGGCUGGUUGGCGGGUCGGGGGGGGCUCGAUCGAUUCAUCCCCUCUCUCUUGCCUCGCCUCAUCUCGUGUCAAGUCGAGUCGGCUGGGCGUGUUCGUCGUCUGGUUCGCUGGCUUGUCAGCGGGCGUUCGGCUUGGCUGAUACGACGGCCCGGAUGGGCAUGGGCUGUGAGGGCGCGCGCGCGCCGGGCAUGUGGUUCUUAUAUACCCCGCUGCCUGCUAUAGCAGCCCCUUUGGGUGGCGGGGGCGUCGGUGAUCCAAUAUGCGUAGGGUCGUUGCCAAUGCUCGCGCCCUGGUCUAGUGCCGUUUUGGCUGGUGGUGGUGGUCUUUUGCGCGCUUUGCGGGCCGGUGAGGAUUGUGUUGGUGGUUGUGGUGGUGGUUGUGAGAGAGAGAGAGAAAAAGAGAGAGAGAGGAGGAGGAGGAUGAGGAGGAGGAGGAGCGGAAGGAAGGAAUGACCAGGCCCCACGCCCGAAUCCGAUCCAAGCCCCAUCCAUCAGCAUCAUCGCAACCCAAAUCAAGUCAUGACCCUACGCAUAUUGACGGCUCCACCCUAACCUGCAGCAUCAUCGGCACCAUCAUCGACCUGCCUGUCCAAGGUCCCUGCCAGUAGGUCUUUGCCAGUCCUGAGUCCAGUCCAGGCAGCCGCGCAGGCGCU